AUGGCUUUGGUCUCUGGUUUGAUUGUGGUCUUAUUAGUUGUUGGUAGCAUUUGUUUGUCGGAGGGCCAGUUUGACCAGCUUACAGUUGGUUUCUACGACGAAACAUGCCCCAAUGCUGAGGCCAUUGUUCUUUCAGUUGUCCGGGAAGCUGCUCGCUCGGAUUCCAAUAUGCCGGCCGUCUUGCUCAGGCUCCAUUUUCACGACUGCUUUGUUGAGGGUUGUGAUGGUUCAAUCCUCAUAGACAAUGGUGAAAACGCAGAGAAAAAUGCCUUUGGUCACCAGGGGGUAAGGGGAUUUGAGGUGAUAGAGAAGGCAAAAGCGCGGUUGGAGGCUACAUGCCAUGGCGUCGUUUCCUGCGCAGACAUUGUGGCCUUGGCUGCUAGAGAUGCCAUAACCUUGGCGGGUGGGCCGAGUUACGAGGUGCCAACAGGGCGGAUAGAUGGCCUCGUUUCAAAUCUGUCCUUGGCCGGUGAUAUGCCGGAUGUUGGUGAUUCGAUUCAGCAACUCAAGGCAAAGUUCAUGAGGAAAGGACUCUCAGAGAAAGACCUUGUCACUCUCAGUGCUGCUCAUACAAUUGGGACAACAGCCUGCUUCUUCAUGACCAAGAGACUCUACAAUUUUAUCCCGGGAGGUGGAUCUGAUCCAACAAUCAACCCAAAUCUACUCCAAGAACUCAAAGCAAAGUGUCCUCAAAAUGGUGAUGUUAAUGUGCGCUUGUCAAUCGAUCGAGGAAGUGAGGAAACAUUUGAUAUUCACAUUAUGCAAAACAUCAGAAAUGGUUUUGCAGUGUUAGAAUCUGACGCCAAGCUCAAUGAGGAUGAAACAACCAGUAGUGUAAUAGACUCCUACUUUGGUUUUUUCUCUCCACCAUUUGGACCUUCAUUUGAGGAAGACUUUGUCGAAUCGAUCAUAAAGAUGGGGCAGAUUGGUAUCAAGACAAGUUCGGAAGGUGGGGUUAGACGAAUUUGUUCUAGUAUUAGUUAGAAUAAGAGAAUAUGGAGACUGAUUCUGAAGAAAAUUUUGCCUCUCAAAUCUUAUGGUCUUUUUCACCACUGUCUUGGAAUGAAUUUUGUAUCCUUCAUUUCUACAAGUCCCUACUGUAAAUGG